AUGAAGAUUGCGUGUCAAUUUUUUGUGAGUUGUUUAUUGUUUGGCGCGUGCAUUGCCGCGCCAGGAUACUCGUCUCUGGAUGACGAAUGGCACGAGUGGAAAGUUGUGUACAAUAAAGUGUACGCGACCCCGGGGGAGGAGCUACAUCGGAGGAGGAUAUGGGAGGAAAACCUAGACUUUAUUGAGGCCCACAACAAUCGGGCUGCAUCCACUUACACACUAGGAAUGAAUGAAUUUGGUGACCAGCGUGUCAGCGAGAAGACACGAAUGAAUGUUCGGGUUUCUUCUCAAGACAACACACUGGCUUUGGAGAACAACACGUUGGCUUUGGAGGACAACACGUUGACAUUUUCUUCUUCGUCAUUUGAUUGGCGGAAAAAAGGAGUGAUAACGGCAGUUAAAAACCAAGGAAUGAUUGGAAGUUCCGAAGCGCUUGUCGUAACUGAAUCCGUUCAAAGUUAUCAUGCUAUCAAGACCUCUGAACUGCCCGACGUCAGUGUCCAAGAAGUAGUAGACUGCUGUUCUAUACCAGGACACUCUGAGGUGAGACCCAUCGUUGACGACUGUUUCGGAUGUGUCCACAACAUUGGAGGUCUCUGUUCGUCUAUCGCCUACAAGGGAGGACGAUGCAACAAUGGCUCGUGUACUGCCACGGCACAGGUGGAAGGCACAAAGACAGUGACACCAGGAAAAGAGGAUGAGAUGGCGAGAGUCCUUCGUGAACAGGUGCCGUUAAUGGUGUAUGUGGACGCCAGCCAUGGAUCGUUCCAGUUCUACAAAUCAGGAGUGUACCACGACUCCACAUGCAGCAAACACCAGAUGGAUCACUCCCUUCAAAUUGUGGGAUAUGGCGUCAUAGAUGACAUAUUGUACUGGAUCUGCAAAAACAGCUGGGGUGAGAACUGGGGUCAGAAAGGAUAUAUAUGGAUGCGUAGAGGAACCAAUGAAUGUGGUAUAGCAACGCGUGUGAAGUAUCCAUUCUAACGGUAACCACCGACUGUUCCGUUAGCACAACAAUUACGUAGAUCCUACUUUGCAUUAAUGUUGUUAUGCAUGUGUGACGAACGACUCUUACAUUUAACUGGAAAUGUGAUAACAGGUUCAGUGACAUUUUAUGAACGUUUCAACAAUAUUCUUUGUAUUGAUAUCAUUUGGCUACACUCACCACUAUCUUUACAUGGAAAAUAUCGUUUGCUAAUUCAUGUAUAUUGUAUGAUGGCUGAUACGAUAGAAAUAAAUUAUCAUUAGAAAUGGUACCUUACGAGUGUA